AACAAUCUAAUAAUGUAAAAUGGAUAGAAAUGGGAAGUACGAAUUUUAAAAUAUUGGACAGAUAUUUGUUGUAAUAUGCGUUAAAUAAGAAAAAGGUAAAUCGAAGUCGACAUAUAUAAAUCGUAAUUUACUUUAUAACCAUAUUAAAUGUGUACACUACAUUAAAGCCAGUUAAACUGUUGUUCACGUGUUAAUUAAAGUGAAAUGUAUUACGUUGUGUUACGAUUCUAACAUAAUAAGUACAUCAAAGAGUCAUCUAUUAAUUCGAGAGAGUUCGGCUCGAAUUGAUCGCAUUGCUGUCUUCCAGUGUAUUGCGCAAAAACAGGAAAACGUAUUCGCGAACAUACUACUACUUAGUCGGUAGUGAGCUAAUUAAAUCAAACAAUCAUUCGGCGUCGCGUUGUGUGACCGAGUGCUCGCGUGUGGUGACUGUGAACGGUGAGCGCGACAUGUGCGGCGUGCGGCUGUUCUUGUUGCUGGCCCUUUCCUUCGGUAUAUUGGCACACAACUCCCAUGGCCUGUCGCCGGUUAUCUUGAUUCCUGGAGAUGGUGGUAGUCAGUUGGAAGCAAAAUUGAACAAGACAUCGGUCAUCCACUACAUCUGCGCCAAGACAUCAGCAGACUACUUCAACAUAUGGCUGAACCUGGAGUUGCUGGUGCCAUUUGUGAUAGACUGCUGGGUGGACAACCUGCGGCUGGAGUACGACAACACGACGAGAACCACCCGUAGCCCCUCGGGCGUGGACAUCCGCGUGCCCGGCUGGGGCACCACCGAGCCCGUCGAGUGGCUCGACCCUUCGCACGACUCCAGCGGCGCGUACUUCAACACCAUCACCGACGCGCUCGUGCAGAUGGGCUAUGUCAGAAACCAUUCGAUCCGAGGAGCGCCUUAUGACUUCAGAAGAGCACCUAAUGAGAAUGGGGAGUUCUUCGUGAAACUGAAGUCACUUGUAGAGGAGGCUUACACUCAGAACAACCAGUCUGCAGUGACGCUGCUGGUGCACAGCAUGGGCGGGUCGAUGGCGCUGCACUUCCUGCGCGCGCAGCCGCAGGCGUGGAAGGAUCGCUACGUGCGCCGCCUCGUGUCGCUCUCCACGCCCUGGGGCGGUGCCGUCAAGGCGCUCAAGGCGUUUGCUAUAGGCGACGACCUGGGGUCGCGCGUGCUGCGGGAGAGUGUGAUGCGCGCGGAGCAGGUGACGUGUCCGUCGCUGGCCUGGCUGCUGCCGGCGCGGGCGCUCUGGAAGCCCUCGGAGGUGCUCGUGCAGACCGACAAGUACAACUACACCAUCAACGACUUCCAGAAGCUCUUCAUUGACAUGGAGCUGCCGAACGCGUGGGAGAUGCGCAAGGACACGGAGCGGUUCAGCAGCGACUUCAGCGCGCCCGGCGUCGAGCUGCACUGCCUCUACGGGUACAACAUCUCCACGGUCGAGCGGUUAGUGUACAAGCCGGGCACGUGGCUGGACGGGUACCCGGCGCUGCAGGCGGGCGACGGCGACGGCACCGUCAACCUGCGCUCGCUGCGCGCCUGCGAGCUGUGGCGCAUGCGCACGCGCGGGGGGCGCGGGGGGCGCGGGGGGCGCGGGCGGCGCCGCCCGCCCAACGGCGGCAAGCCCGUCAAGGCGCUGGCGCUGCGCGGCGCCGAGCACCUGCGGAUCCUGCACGACGCCCGCGCCGUCGCCUACCUGCGGACGCUGCUGGCGGCGGACACACGGUCGGAACUGGUAUACACGCCGCCGGAUACCUCGAGGCGAGCGCUCACCGGUGCAGCUUGUCGGCCAGCGGGCGGUGUGCCCGCGCCAGCGCCGGCCGCAGGUAGUUGAGGCGGUGCUGCGCCGCGCGCAUGGAGCGCCGCAUGAAGGCGCGCAGCGGCGCCGCCGGCCCGCACGACAGCCGCGCCAGCAGCGGGAAGGCCGCGUGCGCGCCGCACACCAGCAGCAGCGUCACGGCCACGUCGUGGUAGCCCUGCCGUGCCCCACCAUGUGGUUAUUUACGAUGCUUUCCCUGUAUUCUGCCCCUGAUAUGCUUUUAUUUCAUUUGGUGUCUGAACCGACCAAGUUUUCUCCGUGUAACUAGAAAGUUGCCCAUUUACAUUUAGAUUUAGUUAAAAGAAUGUACGGACGAGAUACAUCGUUUUCCCAGUGCUUGCCCUGCUCUCCUGCAGUCAUUGAUUUGUCAUUACAGCGGGAAUAACAAUAUAAUUUAAAUAAAUAAAUAAAGUAACUUUUCCUCAUAAA